UAAAAUGACAUGAGUUAAGAACUUUGAAACCCUGAUCACAAUAAAGCUUCAUGUUUUCACUUCCAAGUGAAGAAGCAGUGCAUGUCUAUUGAAGUCUUAUAACAAAUGGAACUGUUCGUAACAUUGUGUUCAGCACGUAUAAAAAAAAAAGAGGGCAUUACUACAGAAAAAGGACCAUAUUGUCAAUAAUGACGUAAACUUUAAUUGCAAGUUAUCUCCCUUGAAGAACAUUAAUUUUUGUCUUGCCUUCAUCUAUUUUUGCACGUCUACAUAAUAUAUAUAACAACUGCUACAAUCUCUUUCAUUUUUACCUCACAUUCACUUAUGUGCGGCUAUCUACUAUAUAUAUAUAAAUAUAUAUAAAAAUGGCGGCCCCCAGCGAAGAGGACGACGUGGAUAAUAACACGAUCGAUUUCCUUAAUAGAGAAUUUGGCGACGAUAUUAGAUCGCUGCGGAAUGUUGAAAAUAUCUACAAAAAUCUCUGUUGCCUAAAAGAGGAUCUUGAAAAUAAGCUAUCGUUGGCCAGUACUGAAGUCCCAAGUGAGAUCAAGAAAGCUAUUAGUAAUGCUGAAGCUGCACAAUCUCGGGUGAAGUCAUUCUGCAGUGAAGAAAUAUUGUUGCAUGAUGAGAUUGAGAAGCACACAAAGCUGAUGGAACCUCUGUUUGAGGAGCUUUCUCAGAUCACAAGUCAAGUUGAUGAACUAAGUCGAUAUACACAGUAUUUUGGGCUAAUAGCCAAAAUAGAUGAAUUAAGUUCUUCCAUCCAGACGUCACUACUUGUAGAAAAUGCCCAGGAUGCAGUUGAAGCAUUCCAAGAAAUGACUAAUUUAUACACAGAAUUAGAAAUAUCUAGUUGUGAAAAUCUACUUCGGUUUCAUAGAAACACAAUUUUGUUUUGGUACAAAAUACUCAAAAACAAGUUUGCCAGUGAGUUUGAAGAUUUGUUGAAAGCCAUUAAAUGGCCAUUUGUUACAGUGACUCUUUCCAAGACUCCUGUGGUGAAUCAGAGUGAACAGAGGAAUGAAAUGGCAUCUCUUUUCAAAAAGUUGCUGCAUGUAAAUUUGCCUUCAUCUCUUCAAAGACGACGUUCUCUGUUGAACCCUGCUCUUGGUAGACUUCAUAUAGCACCCCAGGUGUUACCGCUUCAGCUUAUGCUGAAACCAUUGAAGAAGAGGUUCAAGUACCAUUUUUAUGGUAACAGACAAACCAAUAGUUUGGACAAGCCAGAAUGGUACUUCACUCAGGUGUUAGCAUGGAUACGGGAUCACUGUGAUUUCUUAGAACAGACAAUCCAACCACUUUUAGAUGAGGAAUCAAACUUAGUUGCUCGAGUGGAAUUAAUGCGAGGUUUGGUUGAAUUGGUGCUAGAGAAGAUGACUACUGAUUUACCUUUAGUAAUGUAUGAUGAGCACCUCUUCACACAUCUCAUUGAUGAAGCUCUCCUCUUUGAUAGAGAAUUGCAGACUAAUUAUGCUUACCCGCCAAACCAACCGGGAGCAAUGCAUGUCUUGUCCCAAGAAGAAGUAUUUGAAAGAUGGUUGGUUGUUGAAAAGCGCUAUGCGAUGGAAAAGGUUGAUGCCAUGAUGUCGUCAUCAUCAGCAUGGCUCUCACAAUACAGGGAUAUUGCUGAUGUUGACGAAUUGAAGGUACCAGAAUGUGGAGAGAGUUUUAUGACAUUAAUGCAAACAAUUACAGACCGCUAUAAGCAUUUACCACAACCACAGCAUAAACUGAGAUUCCUUGCUCUCCAACAAGAGCUUCUUGAAGAUUUUCGAACACGUCUUGUUCAAGUGAUGAAGCAAGAAGCACAAAAUGUUCUUGGUCAGCAAUAUUGUUCAAUUCUUAAUACUGCUUCUUAUAUUGUGGAAGUUCUUCAGCAAUGGAGUGAGUUAGUUUUCUUCUUGCAGUUACAGUUUUUCAAAAGUGAAUAUGAGAAAGAAGAUCAAAUCACUCAACGUUUGGAUGACCCACCAAUUAUGACGACAAGCAACCUUUCUUUUACUGAUUACAAUACAGCUAUGGAUUGUUCUAUAACGGAUUCUAAGGCUAUACUAGAGUCUCAGUUUUUAAUUUCUUUAGAAGAGACUGUUUUCGAUGAUAUGAUUGAUUUAUUUGAGAGGCUUAAAAGCGACAUGCUGAAGACUGUUAUUACAUAUGUUUUUACUGAUGUGAAAGCUAGAAGUCAACCAUACCGCAAAGACAGAUGGAUAACUUUACCUUCUCAACAAGAUGUCCAAGGGGGAGUCCAAGGUUUGUCUCCUACAGCUUGUGAAAUGUUUCUCAUUCUGAAAAGUCACCUUCAAACAGUAGAAAGUCUUAUAAGUAAACAUUUAUUCAACCAAUUCUGGCAACGUUUAGCUGAAAAAUUAAACAAAUUUAUAUUUGAUGAGGUUAUAUUAGCCAAUCAUUUUAGCGAUGGUGGUGCUUCCCAACUGGAGUUUGAUCUAACUCGAAAUCUUUUUCCUCUAUUUGGAGAUUACACAAAAAAGCCAGACGCAUAUUUUCGACAACUCAAAGAAGCCUGUAUUUUAUUGAACUUGAAAGUUGGAUCUGCCUUACUCUUGAAAGAUGUUUUAGAAGGUGAUACUCAUUCUGACAAAGCCAAUGCUGAUCCAAAUUCUACAGUGAUUGAUCCAAAAUCUUCAUUAUAUGAAAUUGGUAUAUUUAAAAGCAUCACACCAUCUAUGAAUGCCUCAUGCUACUUUUUAAUACUGUUUGCCGAACUUAAAACUAGCAUUGUACCAAAAUUGUUAGAACUGAUACAGCAUGUUUUCAAUGCUAAAAUCUAA